UCCAUCGGAAUCCCCCGUCGGUCUCUCUCUCUCUCUCCCCCCUAACGCAGGCUCUUCCAGUGUUACUUCUUUUCAGGUCAGUUCAUGAUUCGCACCGACUACUUCUCCAUCUGGCUAGAUUUUCGGUACUAAUCUGUUUCUUAUGCGAUACACUCGUUAGCUGUACUCAUUAUCUUUUCAUAAGUGUGGUUAGCGUGUUCUGUUUCAUGAAUGUUAAGCUUGUCUCAAUUGUCGAAGCAAAUGAUUGUACUUAUUAGCUGUUAAUUGAUAAGCCCCUCCGUUGUUCUUUAUCAUUUCGUGCGUUUACUUGCUGUCAUGCUUCUUUCCAUUCAGAUUAAUUACGCGAGUUUCUUUUGAAAUUUUCUGAUGUGUUGCAUCACAGUGUUUGAAACCCACUAACAUGCAACCUUCGUUCGAGGGAUUUGGUCAGAAAAUAAAAAGAAUAGAAAGGAGAAUCUCACUACUUGUUUGGACAAAUAGGUGAGAAAUGAUGAGGAAUGUGUGUAAAUGCAAGGAAUGUUUUGUUUCUCACUGUUUCUCACCCAAAAAAUGAUGGGAUUUGGUGAGAAAGCAAAACCCUUUGUUUUCUCAGGAAAUCGUUGUACUGGUUUCGGGAAAGAAUUGAAUGACCUCCCUGUUGAAUGACCAUUCACCUAAAUUGUUGAGGGACGAUUCUACGAGCUAGUGUGUGUUUAUCUUUUUUGUUUAGAGCGAACCAAACGGCGGAACUAUUCCAAGGGUCGGAAGGAAUAACCAAUCGAUUCUAUUCAUUCCAGCAAACCAAACUAUGCUGUAAAUUUGAGUUUUGGCCUUUGGGUUUGAUUUGUUUAUGUGCCUAUACUGUGCACAUGUAUGUGGCCGUAUGUGUUUUGAGAUAAUACAGUGACAGUCCACCUAGUGAAAGAAGUGAAAAUGUUAGGCUUUGAUUGCAUAUGGACAUUGGUGUCUGGUGUGCAAGAAGUUAUUUAGUGGUCUUCAGGCAUUACUAUAGUCACCGUUAUGAUGUGCUGCUUGUUAUUUUAUCUUCCAGAACACCAACAUAAAAGUUAUGGUUCCCACAUUAUUGAGCAAUCACACUUCAUUGCUAGGCUCAAAAGAAGAAGAGGGAUAGGUGGUUUUGCUUUUGCCCAGCGGAGCACCACUUGACAAUUCCUCAGAAUAUUGAAUCAUUUUUCUUGUAUCCUGUGAUUUUAGAGUGUUAUGCCAGUUCAUAUAUCUUUCUGAGUUCAUAUAGAAGGUUUCAGGUCUGACCUGCAUAUCCAUUUCUUAAAAAGUACCUCUUAAAGCAUCAGUGGUCUUCCGGGCACGGAACAAUUCGAGGCCGUGGUGCUGAAAACAAGGAGCUUUCAAUUGAUGUGUUAGCUCAUGGAUGAUCACAGUUUUGUGGUUGGUCAAGAGUUCCCUGAUGUCAAGGCCUUCCGGAGUGCAAUUAAAGAAGCUGCAAUUGCGCAACACUUUGAACUGCGUAUUGUGAAAAGUGACCUGAUUCGCUACUUUGCAAAGUGUGCCACUGAAGAAUGUCCAUGGCGCAUCCGUGCUGUGAAGCUUCCUAAUGCCCCCACCUUCGCAAUACGAAGCAUCGAGGCGACACAUACUUGUGGGAAAAUUGCUCAAAAUGGGCAUCAUCAGGCUUCUGUGGAUUGGGUAGUAAAUUUCAUAGAGGAAAGACUUCGUGAUAACAUAAAUUACAAACCGAAGGACAUUUUGCAUGACAUCCAUAAACAGUACGGGAUCACAAUUCCCUAUAAGCAAGCAUGGCGUGCUAAGGAGCGUGGGCUUGCAGCAAUAUAUGGCUCCUCUGAAGAAGCAUAUUGCCUCCUACCCUUGUAUUGUGAACAAAUAAAGAAAUCAAACCCAGGAAGUAUCGCAGAAGUUUUCACUGUUGGUUCAGAUAACAGGUUUCAUCGGCUCUUUGCAUCGUUCUAUGCUUCCAUUCAUGGCUUUCUAAAUGGUUGUUUGCCUAUUGUUGGCCUUGGGGGAAUCCAUCUUAAGAGCAAAUAUCUUGGCACCUUACUUUCAGCCACUUCGGUUGAUCCAGAUGGUGGGUUGUUUCCCCUUGCUUUCGGCGUUGUUGAUGUUGAAAAUGAUGAGAGCUGGAUGUGGUUCUUGUCAGAGUUACACAAAGCCCUGGAGGUGCACUCGGAGAAGAUCCCACAGCUUACUUUUUUAUUGGAUGGUCAAAAGGGUAUUGCAGAAUCUGUAAGAAGGAAAUUCCCUUCUUCUUCUCAUGCGUUUUGCAUGCGGCACUUGAGUGAAAGCAUUGGGAAAGAGUUCAAGAAUUCUAGGCUUGUCCAUCUUUUGUGGAAAGCUGCAUACUCCACCACUACAAGUGGUUUUAAAGAGAAAUUGCUAGAAAUUGAGGAGGUUUCUUCUGAAGCUGCAAAGUGGCUUCAACAGUUUUCACCUCCUCAUUGGGCAUUAGUAUAUUUUGAGGGAAUACGGUACGGUCAUCUCUCCUCAAAUAUAGAGGAGUUCCACCGUUGGAUUCUUGAAGCAAGGGAGCUACCCAUAAUUCAGGUGAUUGAGCAGGUCCACAGUAAAUUGAUGGCUGAGUUUGAAGAACGGCGUGCGAAAAGUCUUUUGUGGGUUUCUAUGCUUACCCCAAGUGCUGAGAAUCGCUUGGUGGAGGCGAUCAGCCGUGGUUCCACAUAUCAAGUCCUCCGAUCGGACGAAGUAGAAUUUGAGGUCCUAUCGGCAGAAAGAUCGGACAUCGUGAAUAUUGGGACCCACAGUUGUUCCUGCCGUGAUUGGCAGUUGUACGGAAUUCCGUGCUCACAUGCCGUUGCGGCUCUCAUAUCCUCUAGAAAAGACGUUUAUGCCUUUACUGAGAAGUGCUUUAGUGUAGCUAGUUUCCGCGAGGCAUACGCGGAGGAUUUAAACCCUAUUCCGUGGAGAAUUGGUUGGAAGAAGGAAGGUGAGGCUCCUCCUAUGUAUGACGAUGAGAUGCGGGUUGUGCGGCCACCUAAGUUCCGCCGACCACCAGGACGGCCGGAAAAGAAGCGGAUUUGUGUGGAGGACCUUGAUCGCGGGAAGCAUACUGUUCGUUGUAGCCGGUGCAACCAAACAGGACACUAUAAGACCACUUGCAAAGCAGUGGCAAUGAAUAGUAUAGAACAGUUUUAGGUGUUUAGAUUUGUACUUAUAUUUUGCUUGAUGAACUAGUUGAUAUGAUGUUGAGGAAGCUUAGUGGUUGGUUUGGCUUGGGCCUUACCAUGUGAAAUUGUGUUUAUAUUGUACUCCAGUGUAGUAUAUGUAUCUUCAGAUAGGGCUUACUGGCAGGAGGAUUUUGUUUCUUUAUAUAUUGGAGAUUGUAUGAGAGCUUUUUGUUAGACAAUCAUGCAACAUGAUUGCAGAUGAUCUUGAGAAAGUACCUGGAAUUUCGAGUUCUU